CGAGGAGGGAUCGUCGUCGCUGUCUCCCGGAGCUCGGAGACGCUGGGACUUCUCCUCCCAGCCUGGGUGCCGAGGAGACUCCGAUGCUGAACUCAGUAGAUCAGCCCAUGAAAACUUCCAUACUCAGAGAAAGAAACGGAUCUGGCCGAAAACAAUACUUACUAUCUUGGGCCUGGCAGCAGGGAAGAAGACAAGUGAUGGAAAUCUUACAGUCUGCAAAGAGGACUGAAAGGUGACAUAGAAGCUGGAGAUGGGUGGUGGGGAGAGAUUUGACAUUCCAGUUUCCCAAUCUAGAAAUGUUAGUAAGAACCAACAGCAGCAACUUAAUAGGCAAAAGAACAAGGAUCAGAAUUCCCAGAUGAAGAUUGUUCACAAAAAGAAAGAAAGAGGACAUGUUUAUAAUUCAUCUGCAGCAGCUGCAUGGCAGGCUGUGCAAAAUGGGGGGAAGAAUGGGCAUUUUCCAAAUAAUCAAAAUUGGAAUUCUAGCUUGGCGAGUUCCGAUUUAUUUUUGAAAUCCCAAACUAAUCAGAACUACGCUGGAACGAAAUUUAGCAAGCCCCCAUCACCAAGUGUUCUGCCUAAACCUCCCAGUCACUGGGUUCCAGUAUCCUUGAAUCCUUCUGAUAAAGAAAUCAUGACCUUUCAACUGAAAACUUUACUUAAAGUCCAGCUGUGAUGUGCUGAUGGUGAAGUGUUUAGGGCUUCAGAUGGUUUAGAGGAGCAAAUCAAGUCUAAACAGAAACAUUU